UACGGACAAAGAAGAAUGGAUGAAGGAAACUGUUCCUCCCUAACUGAAUUCUUUCUCUUAGGAAUAACCAGUAACCCUGCAAUGAAAGUGGCCCUAUUUACCACAGUUUUACCUGUGUAUCUCAUCAGUGUCCUGGCAAAUCUCGGCAUGAUCAUGCUUGUUGGGAUGUACGCCCAGCUCCACACUCCCAUGUACUUCUUCCUGAGCCACCUGUCCUUCUCUGACCUCUGCUCUUCCAGUUCAGUUGGGCCCAGGAUGCUGGUGGACCUAUUCACGCAGAAGAACAGAUCAAUUCCCUUUGUGGGCUGUGCUCUACAAUUAUUCUUCUUAUACACGUUUGUAGAUGUUGAGUGUCUGCUGCUGGCAGUGAUGGCCUUUCAUUGGUACAAGGCCAUCAGCAGCCCCUUGCUCUAUGCAGUGGACAUGUCCAGCAGGCUGUGCUCUGUUCUUGGGGCCAGUGUUUACCUAUUGGGAGUAGCAGAUUCUGCGAUACACACAUCAUUGGCAUUCCACUUGUGUUUCUGUGGGUCUAAUGAGAUCAAUCACUUCUUCUGCGAUGUCCCUCCUCUCCUCUUAAUAUCUUGUUCAGACACACAGGUCAAUGAGCUAGUCAUUUUCACUAUAUUUGGUUUCAUUGAACUGAGCACCAUCUCAGGAGUCCUCAUCUCCUAUUGCUACAUCAUCUUAUCCGUCUUAAAGAUCCGCUCCGCCGAGGGGAGGUUUAAAGCUUCCUCCACCUGUGCCUCCCACCUCACUGCGGUUUCCGUUUUCCAGGGAACCAUGCUCUUCAUGUACUUCUGGCCCAGUUCUGCCUACUCCCUAGACCAGGACAAAAUGAGCUCACUGUUUUACACCCUGGUCAUUCCCACGCUGAACCCUCUAGUUUACAGUCUAUGGAAUAAGGAUGUGAAGGAGGCCAUGAAAAGGCUGACAAAUAAAAUUUUUCUCUUAGGUUGA